AUGCCUGAAAAGAAAAUUAUCGUUGAAUUUUUAGGACGCCCUUGGCAUAUUUCUCUCAUAAUGUGCAAGUUGACCCGAGAACGCAACAAAAAUCCGCCAUUUAAAUAUACUAGGUUGGAAUGCUAUAGGAAUAUCAGAAAUGAAAAAUUUUGAGAUUCCAUUGCUAAAAGUCUGAGUUCUUUAGAAAAUCAACAAAAUAAUCCACAAUUCAUGGAUAUCGAUAAAUAA